UGGUUCUAACGCUUUUGCCGUGAUAGAAGCGCUUCCGCAAAACGUCGACCAAAAAAUAAAAAAAAAAGUUGCACAAAAAAAAUUGACUAACGUAGUAUUCAGUGUUUAGAUACCGAAAUAUUUCGAAUUAUUUAGAUAGGUUAGUAGAUGUUUUAGUGAUUUUGAAGUUUCUAAACCAGUUGAAAAUUAUUAUGGUGGAUGGUUCUGUGAAUUAUAUUGUAUAAGAAUUUGUAUCAAAAUUAGCGUAUAGUUAAGUUAAGUGAUUUGGAUUUUAGUGUCUACUGUACUGGAGGUUUAAUUUUCGUAUUGCAAAAAGAAAUAUACAAACUUCGCAAAAGGCUUACGCUGUUUGAAAUAGGGCACACUUUGUAAUACCUACAAGUUAAUGUGAACUUUACUUCUCUUCAGAUUUUUACAGAUUAAGGCUUUAGUUCACUCACGGCGGGCCGUAGAAUAUUUUUCUAUCCUGUCGCUGCAAUGGUAUCAGCACUACUACAAUACUAAAAUAAAUGAUGCCUCCCUUUCAUCGUGACCUUAGAAGAUAAGGUGAAGUUUCACAAAGAGGGAAAACCUCUACACCGCUUUUCUUAAACACGCCUGCCAGGAAGAUAUCGCUGUAAUUAAUCAUAGAACACGAAGGAGACACUAAGGCACGGAACGUAAGCUACGUAGAACGACCAGAGUAUUAAGAAAAUAAAAAAACGAAAGAAAUUUCCCGGCGACUUUUAGGAAAUAAAUACGAAAAAAAUUCAAAUAAAUUAUGAAGUCGUUGAGUUAAAAAUAGACGGCUUCUAGAGUUUUAAUUUUUGAUAUGAAUAUAUUCCGAGUCGAGAUUGUUUUGAAACUUAAGGAUAACUAAGGACACUGAUGCAUAUUCAACAAUGGCGUGAAGGUUUUCACGGCACAGAAGACAGUUUUCGUAUGGCGACGUCUACCACUAAUCUACCGGAUAUUGUUAACGAAACUUCAAAUGUGACACAUGAAGAUAUUCCGGGUUACAACCAAGUUGAAAGUAUAGUGAUCUCUCUCAUUCUGGUUUCUAUUAUUAUUGGGACUAUCGUUGGUAACAUCCUAGUGUGCGUGGCAGUCUGUCUUGUGCGAAAGCUCAGAAGGCCUUGUAAUUAUCUGCUGGUAAGCCUUGCAGUGAGUGACCUUUGUGUUGCCAUCUUGGUAAUGCCGAUGGCCACCUUCUACGAAAUUAAUGGCAAAUGGAUCUUCGGAGAGAUAAUGUGCAACUUGUGGGUCAGCUUCGAUGUGCUCAGUUGCACAGCUUCCAUAUUGAAUCUUUGUAUGAUCAGCGUGGAUCGGUACUACGCUAUAACGAAACCCCUCGAAUACGGGGUAAAAAGGACUCCAAAGCGGAUGAUUUUGUGGGUGAUAUUAGUUUGGUGUUUCGCGGCGUGUAUUUCUCUACCUCCGUUACUAAUUUUGGGAAACGAACAUUCUGAAAUCGGGGAAAACGGAGAGAAAAACUCAAACGUGUGUUUAGUGUCACAAGAUUUUGGAUACCAAUUGUACGCAACCAUGUGUAGUUUCUACAUACCUCUAACUGUGAUGAUGGUAGUUUAUUACAAGAUAUUUCGAGCCGCUCGUCGGAUAGUCAAUGAAGAAAAACGGGCCCAGAGCCACCUAGAAAGCCACUGUUAUUUAGAGAUUAGUGUAAAAAAUGGUGGAGGGCCCCCAGAAAACAAGAUCUCUAGUCAAAGUCCUUCGCCAGCGAAUCCAGCGAGGGUAAACCAUCGGUCAAGUUCAGCGAGCACGAAUACAAUGUGCAGCCUCGAUAAAACGGCUCUAGGUAGGUGCUUCAAAUCUCGUCACAGCAACGAAUCCCAGUGCCCGAUGCUUUCUAACAAACACCCGACUUCUAAGCACUCAAGGGACCACCAAAAGCAUCACAAGUCAACAUUACUAAAUACAUUAAAAACGUCCCCAAGUACCACUAGUCAUCAAAAGAAGCUGCGCUUCCAAUUGGCCAAAGAAAGAAAGGCCAGUACGACAUUAGGUAUAAUAAUGAGUGCUUUCACCUUUUGCUGGCUGCCGUUUUUUGUUCUGGCCCUCGUGAGGCCAUUUCUGGAAACAACCAACGCUUUGAAGACGCUAGCAACUUUGUUCCUAUGGUUGGGUUAUGCCAACAGCUUGCUUAAUCCUAUAAUUUAUGCUACCCUGAAUAGGGACUUUAGGAAACCUUUUCAAGCUAUUUUAUACUGUCGAUGUGGCAGCUUAAAUCACAUGAUGCGCGAAGAAUUCUACCAUAGUCAGUACGGCGAUCCCGACCAUCAUAUAAACAGGUGCCACAUGGACUACGAAGAAGGCGUCGAAUAUAUCGAAGCCGACGGUGACGAAGUUAAAGUACCUGAGUCAGAUGCAGCGGCACACGAAUCAUUUCUAUGAUUUUCGAUCGAACAAUAUAGGGCUAGUGAAUCAAAUUCUUCGAUAUCAGAGACGAACAUUACCUAAAUCAUACAAAAUGCUGAAUAGCGAAUCUACGUUUUUAAUAGUUACCAAAUAAAAGGUAUUUAAAUAUAGUCAUUCUACAUCAUUGAACCACUUGGCUUAACUUCUUCAUACUAGUAUUAAAAUUUUCGUGAUUAUUGUGAACACAUAGUAGAUGUAAUGUUGUAGCAUGACAUUGAUCCAUAAAAAAUAUGUAUUGUCCUUUUCAUGAUCAUUUUUCAGUGCGUAACAAAUGAUAGGAAAAAGGGUAAGUCCGUGAUAAUACACAUUUAUGACAUUUAUUCUAACAUGACAUUUAAGUUAAAUCUGACAGUUGUCAUAUUUUAUUUUCAAUUUGGAAUAAAAACAAAUCAAAUGUGUUUCUUGCAUUUUUAUAAAAUGGUAUUUUCUUUGAUUUGUAUAGUCUUAUAAAUUAUACAGAUUAUAUUUGUAAUAUUAUUAUCUAAUUAAAAUAAAAUUAUUUUUUUAUUAUGGCGCCAUCUAUCGACAACUGGAAUAACUAGAAUAAAUGUUACAAAAAUGUCACCGACGAAAUGUAAUCACUGACGUGCCUUUUUUUCUGUCACAUACAAUUUAAUGCGUUAGAAAGAAAUCGAAAAACUGUGACGCACUGAAAGAUGAUCAUGAAAAAUACUGUAUAUUUGCUAUUCUGUAAUUUCAAACGAACUGUCGGAUGUUAGGCAAAUGGCUCGUUUAGUUUUGGUAAGUUUGUGUAUGCCAUAUUAAAACUUUGUAAUUACUGCCUAUAUUCAAUUUCCAUGAAAAGAUCAACUUAUCGCUUAAGUUUUUUGGCGAAUUUAAGCGUCUUUUAUAUGAAUAUUCCUUUUUAAGCGUACAUCCUACUUUCGCCAAACAUUAGUGACCUAAAAUUUUGCAGAUUUUUCUUCACAGUAAUUUUGUCUCUUAGUUACGUAGAUUUUAGUAACAAUGUUAAAAGAUGCAUUUCCCCUCGUAUGUUUUGAAUGGUCAAGCUUAUAAUAGUGAAGUUUGACUAUGUUUGACUAUUUUUCUCAAAUAUGUAGUCAUAACAGGUGACGUAAUCGUGACAGAUAACGUUACAGAACCAAUUUGACCGACACUUUUAAAUGGGAUCUUAUGGCAAGUGAUAUCUCGUUUGAAAUGUAGGUAUUGAAAAUACUUAUUUCUAAAUAAUGAAUCGUACUAAUUAUUUUGUUUGGGUUUAAGCUGAUUUUGAUGAAUAAAUUAACUAAAUACUGAAAUUGUAGUUUCUCAUUAAAAUUAACAAAGUUAAGAAUCUGUUUUUAUAUUAAGUGCUCUAUCUACUUCCUAACAGUAAUGCAUAAAAUUGCUAAUCUCUUGCCGUACUCGUUCUAAAGCAUCGCUUCGGUGAAAAUUGCGGCAGAUUCUUCAACAAUUCGUCGUUUCAAAAUGUCAAUACUGUCGGGUGUGUUUCAACUACCCCGACAGAAAAAAUCCAAUGGUGUGAAGUCCGCUGACCGAGCUGACCAUUAUAUCGAACCAUUUUCCCAAAAUACAUGCCCAAACAUUUACUUUUUCUAGAAAUUCAGUAAGUUUUUCACGAAAGGCGUGGGGAUUUUUGUCACUCUAUACCUCACAUUGUAUGUGUUAACAUUUUUAUUGAGGGAAAAAUAUUUUAAAUCAUUUGACUGAUUUCACAGAUAGACGCAAGUUGGGCUGUAGAAGAAGUAGUGUUCACUACUAUUUCUGCAAAUAAUGUAACUUUUUUUGUCAUCACUAAUUGUUAGUCGACCAGAUCGUUUGGAAGCUGAACAAAACUUUUUCAAACUUCCAAACAAGCUCAUUUAAAUAAAUCCUCGAUAUAUAGCCAUCGGUGUACCUCUCAUUAAAAAGAUGUUUUGCUGCGUAUAAACUGAUUCUACAUUCACCAAUUAUAGCUUGUAUCUAAUUAGAUAGCUGUUAUUUUGUCGAUUAUAUAGUAGGUUCCAUUCUGCCUAUGUCACCAUUUAAAUGUCUCAUUAAACAAUAAAUUAAACUGAAUAUUCACGAUAUAUUUUUUCAAUAGUUUUGCACCUUUGUAAAAAUUUAGCAAAGUAAAAUAAAUUUAAAAACGUCAAGUUUUUUGGAAAAUAAUAUAGUCGGACGUUAGAAUCGUCAAAAUCAGCAAAAAAAAAUAGUAACUAUGAUUAAAUAGGUUUAUUCAAUACCUUUCAAACGAGAUAUCACUGGCCAUGAGGUUCCAUUUAAAAUUAUCGGUCACAGUGGCUCUGUAACGUCAUCCAUCACUAAUCACUAUUAGGUCACCUGUUAUGACUGGUUGAAAAGACUGCGUCCGUUUAUUUCCUAAUGUUGUUCUGAAGCUAUUUCCUUGUGACAUUUUUAUAAUCAACUAUUUUUAAUGGGAAAAAGCCACAAUUUUACCAAAAAAAUUAUUUUAUUAACGUUUCGAAGCCCAAAUCGGGUUUCGUUGUCAAAAUACAAAAUACUACUAAAAUAAACAAAAAUGUUGUUGCUAAGUAAAAAAAUUCUUCUAAUAAUUUAUUUAAUCUGACUCAUUUAUAUUGGCAAUUCAGACGUAUAUUAUACAUUUUAAAGUAGAAGACUUUAUACUUAUCUUUAUAAGAUAUCAUUUUAGAGUCUUCUACUUUAAAAUGUAUAAUGUACGUCUGAAUUGCCAACAUAAAUGAGUCAGAUUAAAUAUAGUUAUUUUCCUAACAAGUGCAGAAAGUCAUACUUUUCCGCACGUGACUGCAGUUUGCCGAACGACGCGAAGCGGGAGUUCGGCAAGCAGUCGAGUGGGGAAAAGAGACUUUCUGCAAGAGUUAGGGACAAUAUUUUUUCUACGAGUCUUUAAAAAAUGACCAAGUCUUAAUCAAUUAAUUUAAUUAAUAUGAAAAUACAUACACAAAUUAAUUCUUUGACAAGGUUGUCAAAACCAAACUUUCAGCAUAAUUGGUUAGCAUGACGACGAUGUUGGUUUCCAUGACGCCCAUUCAAAACCACUCUUAUUGUCUACUGAUUUGACUUUCGAAUAUUAUGUCAAAAUUAUUUUCUUUCAUCGAAUUCUCGCGUUAAUUUCAUUAAAACAUGAACACAAUAAGAUAUAUUUGAAAUAAAUUAGUAAAUAAUAUCUAAAUAUUAGUUUAUUGCAUGUAUUAUAAUUACUUUUUUCUACGACCAUUUAAUAACAUGCUCAUUAUUCGCUAAUUUUUCAUAGAUAAUAGCACCCAUUACUGUACCCGUGAGUAAUAAUUCAUUACUCACGGGCUGAAGUUACGCACGGGUCAUUACUCACGGGCUGAAGUUAGAUUCAAGUGGCGCAUGCCACUUUUAAUAUUAAUCGUAUGUAAACUGCAAAUAAAGUUACUUAAACUUGUUUAUUUAAUACAAUAAUUAUUGUAAUUUAUAUCAAUAAUUAACGUCAAAAAAUUUUUAAAGUAAUUUUUAACUGUAACAAUGUCAUUAUAUUUGUUUACGUUUAUAUCUUGUUUACUAAAAAUUUUGACGUUUAUCUUUUAUUUUAGUGACAGUGACAUUAGCGCAUUUUGUUUAUGUUAAUUGGAAUUUAUAACUAAUAUUGUGGUUAUUUUUCAAGUUAUAUUGUAUUAAAUAUGUUAUAACAUAUUAGUAUAGUUAUAUGAUUAUAUUUAUAUAUAGUUAAAUGUAAAUAUACAUUUUAACUAUAUAUAUGAAGUACAUCAACCCACAACAGCCAUUUCCUCUUUAUUAGAUUCACUAACAGUAGGUACAAAUUUAAACUUAUAAUUUUUCGGAAACGAAUAGAACUUAUAUUGACUAUUUCUAGUUCUAUUUUUACAAUAAAUAAGAAUUUGGUAAUAGUAGGCAACUAAUUAUUCAGCCACGUACUAGGGGUAAAUAUCAUUUAGGUAUUUUUUUAAAUUAUUAUAAUUUAAAUCUCGAGUAGUUGAUAAUUAAAUUUUUUACUAAUUAAAAUAAAAAAAGGUCGUAGAAAAAGUAUAGUAUUCUACUCGCAUGUAAUGGCUAUUACUCACUCUGAUAAAUUACGACACUCGCCUACGGCUCGUGUCGCAAACUUCAUCAUCGUGAGUAAUAGCCAUCAUUACAUGCUCGUUGAAUAAUAUACUAUAAGGCCAUAUUAACAUAUCUAAAUUAACACGCGUGCGGAAAAGUAAAACGCGUGCGGAAAAGUAAAAAGCGUACGGAAAAGUAACACGUGUGCGGAAAAGUAAAACUUUCUAAACUAAAACCCCUACGCGAAAUUACACAUUUUUACACGCUCGUAGAAAAAAUUAUUAGAAGAAUUUUUUUACUUAGCAACAACAUUUUGUAUAAAUACUUAUGGUAACGUUAAUAUUACUGAAUAGAGAAUUAGAUAAAAGACUGGCCAGUUGGUUGCUUAAACCAGUGCCAAUAUAACAUAAACACACACAGAAUUAAAUAACCUUUCAAAUGAGCUGUCACACGAUCCCUACUCUCAUUUAGAAAAAUCAUUGAUUACAUCAGCACGCCCAGAUUAGUGACGUCACUAGUAUAUUAUAUAUGCCAAAAAGUCAUAAUUUAAACACAAAAAUCGACCUGUCUCAGGGUUUCUUUUCAAAUUCGCCCCUUCUUGAGAUAAUUAAUUUAUUCAAACUCAAACGUCCUCACUGUAUACUAACACUCUGUAUACUAAUGCCUGAAGGCUCUCUGAUCUUGAAGUAUGGGUUGUGCUUCCUCUAUUUCAUCGUUCAUAUUGACUAAUAUUCACUUUGAAAGCUACUUUUGUGCUAAAUUUUGGUACCGUAUUGUCAGAAAUAAUUUCAUCUACGGCUUUUCCAAUUUCCAAAAUUGUCUAUUCUACGAUUAACAUUUUAGCAGAUGUGUAGUGAUUAUAAUAAAUGUUGAUGUUCUUCCAUAGUUCCUCUUAUUGUUUUAAUGCUGUUUAUCCAUAAACUUCUAUUCUAAGUUGCGAAGUUUGCAUCCAAAAGUGUCUCCGCUGUGACACAAUAAAUCCAGAUUUAUUUGUGCCUCCUUCAGGUGUACGUUAAACCGCUAGUCUUUCCAUAGAGUCGGUAUAGGUAAUUUCUCAAUAAGUUAUAAUAUAAUCUAUGUAAUUUUUAUGCCUUUUGAUUCAGUCAAUUUGUACGCUACGAGCUCCCUAGUGGGAAAGUUUUGGGGUAGUUCUGAUUUCUUUCAUUGUAUAUGGAUUUUGGGCUGCUGAAUCCGAAUAUGAGAUUUGCGGACAAAAUUUCUUGCCGGAACAUUGAAGCUUUUUUCCGCUUUUUUGCUAAAAUCUCGAAAACUGUUAACUUCUAGUAAAUGGUCUGUUAGC